UAUGCGAUGUGAUAACACAUAUGCUGUCAGUGAACUGGGGUCACAACGCUCUUUUUACUGGAUUAUUUGACUUCAUUAAAUGAUGCGUGAAAAUCAACGUUUGUUAAAAUAAAUAAUAACAGAAAACACAUGGCGAUGGAGAUGAAACUUUAACAGCUUGCGAAAACGGAGACAGUAUCGGAUUUGACAUGAGUUAUGAAAGUAAUGUAAGAGAAGCGACAUAUCAUUCAUAUGACAUGGCAACAGACGGCGAAGAUGCAAAAUUAACUACAAAAAAAGACGUCGGCGAUAGCAUAAAUAUUAACAUCGCAAAAGAAGUUGUGAAGUGCUCGGAAAAUGAGAGAUUUAUUACAGCAGAAGAGGACACAAGAACAGAUCCUGGUAAAGGUGACAAUAAUAUAAGAAUUGUGGUCGACAAAGAUAUUGAAGUUGUCGUUGAAACAGAUUACGACACAAGUAAAGACCAUGAAGCUGACGAUAAUACCGGUACUGAGGUCACCGAUGAAGAUGAUGUUCUUACUGAAACAGCUAACGACACGAGAAAAGACCCUGAAGAACACGACGAUAACAUAACUACUGAGGUCGCCGAUGAGAAUGAAGUUUUUAUUGAAACAGAUGACUCUAAAAGAAAGGCCCCAGAUGGUGGUUGGGGUUGGAUGAUCGUUUUCGGAUGUCUACUGAUGCGCACAGUUACUGGCGGAUUUACUAGAUCGUCUGGUCUUUUCUACGUGAAGUUUUCAGAAAAGUUUGGGGAGAGCGCAGCCAAAACAGCAUGGGUUACGUCUCUCUCAGUCACUGUGAGAUUACUCAUAGGUCCGUGUGUGAGCAUUCUGUGCAACAGGUUUUCCUGUCGGAAGCUGACCUACUUCGGUUCCGGGAUCUUUGUCGUAGCUGUCCAUAUAUCUGCAUAUGCCAACAGCCUCGAGUAUCUUUACUUUAGUUACGGGGUUCUAGGAGGAUUGGGGAGAUCCUUCAUCCUUACCCCACUCACAAUGCUUCUUGGUGAAUAUUUCGACAAACGCCGGAGUCUUGCCUUUGGUUUAGCAUCCGCUGGGUUUGGAAUAGGAGGUUUCGCCAUCACGCCGACCAUAGAGCUUAUGUUCCAAGAGUAUGGCUUCAGGGGGACGUACAUCUUACUCAGUGGAAUAGCUUGUCAUCUCUUUGUCUGUGCCUCGCUUUUCAGGCCAUUACCAAAGAUUGAUAAUCGCACAGAAAAAACUCGACAGAGUGAAGUCAAGAAAAGGAAGGAUUCUGAAACAAUAAACAUAAAUGAUGAAUCAGCGAACAAGGAUGAUUUCUAUGUAUCUUCCACCGGAAGUGUUCAUUUGUAUAAAGAAGACGACGAAGAAAUUACAAUGAUUGACCAACAAAGAAUUCCAAACGGCUCAUCGAAUGAUAAAGUGGAAAAGGAAGAUGAUAAAAAUAAAAAAUCAAAGACUAAAAAGAAAUUGAUAUCUUUUUCUGUAUUAAAAGACAUACGUUUUGUAACACUAUGUAUUGCUACGUUCAUCAACACUCUUCCAAGCACUGGACUGUUUCUUCCAGCUCUCGCAAAAUCACGCGGAAUUUCAGAUAUACAGGCGGCUUAUCUGCUGUCAAUUAUUGCCGGAAGUGACACCGUUUCUAGGGUAAUUGCAGGUUUCGUCCUUGACCUUAAAGCUGUUCGUGACUUAAGACCUUACAUUUAUAAUGUUAUGUCGUUCAUUCAAUGUGUAGCACUUUUUUCGUUUCCAUCUCUACAGAGUUUUAAACAUUUUACAGCAGUCUGUGUGUUACAUGGCGUCGUCAUGGGAACCAAGGCUGCACAGAGGAACGUCAUUUUAGUCGAUAUUUUAGGUGUUGACAAGCUGUCAAGUUCUUUUGCAAUUCUACUUGCUGUCCAGGGAACUGGAACAUUGGCUGGUCCGCCGGUUUCUGGUUUUUUGAAAGACACCUAUGGAAAGUACGACUACCCAUUUUAUUUCGGGGGCAGCUGUGUACUUCUUGGUGCUAUUAUUCUGGCCAGUGGAAAUAUUAGGAAUUAUAUUGACAAGAGGAAACCUUCGCCAAAAGAUUGACAAGUGCAAAUAGGAAACAGCAGAUACAACAACCAGUACUGGAUACAGUUUUUUUUCUAUGCGGAGUAUAUACAAGUGUUUUCAAGAAUUACCAUAUGUUUUCGAAAAAAUAAAAUACUUACUAAUGAGUUGUGACAAAGAAACAUAAUCAUUUGAGAGUUCCACGUGGAACAAAUUAGGGUGACACAUAUUUAUCAAUUAAUGUGUGCAACAAUUUCGUACUUUUGUAAGUAUAGCACGAAAAGGACGGCAUACACUGAGGUUUGUCAGUGGAAACUUAGACAAACAAUCGACCUUUGGUACAAUUAUAUACAUGUAAUAUUGAUUAUUUUCUUCCGAAUACGUUCUUUACGUUCUAGUGCCAUUUAAAUAUGCCCGAGUGGGUAGAUUGUGUCUACCUGCUUGAAAGUGGCUUUAUAACUUAAUUUGUGACGAUGUCACGUGAUUUGCCCUAAUAAGACAUAAUACACAAAUAUGCUUGUUUUCUCCAAAGUUUGUCAAACUGUUAUGGUACCACUGACUAUGUUAACAAUUAUUUUACUAUUACUAACUAUGAUGCCAA